ACAUAAAACACAAGUGCAACAAAUAAUUUUGGCUACACAACUUAGGACGGCUGCAUCUUCACUCACCAUCUAUACUUAUGUAAAUAAAUAGAAAGAUUUUGUAAAUGGAGACCGUGUACACCCACGGUAUUCGGGUGGCUGAAACCCUUCAGGAGCAGACGAGUCAUUUAGAAAAGUUUUGGCUUACUGUCACUCUCCUUGGAGAUCCUAAAGCAGCCUUUCUGCUCGUCUUUCCUUUUACCUAUUUCAUCAGCAAGCGAACUGGAGUGGCCGUCGUUUGGGUGGCGGCUAUAUCGGAGUGGUUAAACCUAGUGUUUAAAUGGAUACUGUUUGGAGAAAGGCCAUUUUGGUGGAUUGGUGAAUCCGGUCUUUAUGACAAAACCAGCCAACCCAAAGUUCAUCAGUUUCCUUCCACUUGUGAAACCGGACCAGGGAGUCCAUCUGGACACGCGAUGGUGACAGCGGCGGUCUGGUGGGUUGUCGUGUCAUCACUGGGGUCAUUCGUCUACUCCCGUACUCACAGCUUGGUGAUAUCAGCGGUUCCCUACAUGCUGUAUGUCACCGUUCUGGCUGCAGUUGGGAUCUCCAGGAUUUUCAUCCUUGCUCAUUUUCCUCAUCAGGUCAUUGCUGGCUGCCUCACAGGGCUCCUUUUGGGUGUCACUCUGAGGAGCACGGUUCCAGAAGGUCGCCCCCUGCUGUUCUUCUUCAGCUUCAGCGUUGGUCUGAUGUUCAGCGCUCUGGUACUCAACGUUGCAUUGCAGCAGCUGGGAGUUGACAUCUUUUGGUCAAUCUCUUUGGCGAAGAAAUGGUGCAGCCGCGGCGAGUGGAUCCGUUUGGACACAGCCCCGUUCUCCUCCUUGACCCGUGACUGUGGGGCACUUGUCGGUUUGGGGUUGGCCCAAUACUGGAAGCCGGGCGGCUGGUCCCUGCCGUGGGCGGCGAGAGCGUUAUCUUUGGCUGUUUCGUCGAUGGGACUCUAUCACGUGAACCGCCUGCCGCUCCCCGUGAAACCACAGAGUCUGUUCUAUAGUCUGUUCUUUGUCAAAUUUGUUCUCGUCCCUCAGAUCGUCAUGGUGUUUGUGCCGGGGCUGGUGCAUCUGCUGACACGCAAAAAGAAGAAAGACUAGGUGCUCUACAUGGGAGACCACAAAACUUUUUAAUUUUUCUCAAAAACAUAGUAUUUUGUGUACGGGGAACACUUAUUUUAGUUAGUUUACACUUUUAAUGCUUUGUGAAUCCUCCGACAAAGUCACUUUUCUUUUUAUUUAAAGACUACUUGAGCCUUAAGUGUAAAUAUUUAACUGAAUUUGUUGGAAUUGUGCUGUUUUAAUGUUUUCUUUGUCAUUUGAAUGCUUGUUCACCAAAAAAAAAAGAGAAAAACCCUUAAAAAGGGUUGUUAACUGAGUCACCUUUAUAUAUAUAUAUGUAUAAUUUUUUUAGCAAAAUCAAAUAAGAAAAAAGCAAUGAAUCUUC